AUGUCGAUCGCUAUCCUGGAGGAGGAGUUCUGGUGGCGUGAUUACCCCGGGGUACAGGCGCUUUUCGACGGGCUCAAGUCAGUACGGAAGGAUCUGGUACACGCGACAGAGGCGGCAGAGGGCAUCCUCAGUCCACCAGACGACAUCCCCACCUCCCUAUGUGCACCUCCAGUUCUGUUCCUGUUCGCCCACUACUUAAACUCUGCCGAGGCAACGCCCGACCCAGACAUCAAAGACAACCUCUUCCGGGAAGGUGACAGCUGUGAUGAUGAGGACUGGAAGUCGGACGAGAGUGCAGAGUCGGUGAUUCCCGGUGCCAAACCUGAGGAGGGAAUGGUCUCUUUGAUGCAACACUUCUUGAACGCACAGCAGCGCAGAGAAGAGCGGUUUCUGCUGGAGCUCCGGGGCCUACGGGAGUCCAUUGUGGAGGCAGCUAGGCCGGACUCAGAUGGAGAGAGUCCACGUUUGGAGCUGCCAACGCCAGCUGCUUCGAGGGUAGCUAGUCAGCGCAGAGCGGGCUACCACAGAGACUCCCCAGGUGUGCCAGUGCUGAGAGGGCCGCCCCAGCGGAUGGAGCCAACGAUGCCAUCUCUCCAACCUGGCGAUGACAUCGAGAACUACCUUCGACGGUUUGAGCGCCUAGCCAGGACCUGGAGGUGGCCUGAGGAGGAGUGGAGUUGUCGGCUAGUUCCACUGCUAACAGGACGAGCAUUGGAGGCUUACCUGGCGAUGGACAAGGAGCAGGCAAAGGUGUACGAUGAGCUGAAGAAGGCUUUACUUGAGAAGUACGACAUUUCACCUGAGACGUACCGACAGAGGUUCCGGUCAGCCACAGUUCCGGCAGGGGAAUCGCCGACGGAGACCUACCACCGCCUGAAGAACCUGUACGAGCGUUGGGUUCGACCGAGGGAACACUCCAAGGAGGAGAUUGGAGAGGCCAUAAUCCUGGAGCAGCUCCUAAGGGUUCUUCCGGUUGAGACACGCACCUGGGUUCGCGAGCAUGAGCCAACGGCAGGAGUGGCGGCAGCAAAACUGGCUCAACAGUACCUGAACGCUCAUCGCGGGACUCUUCGCACUCAACCACCAUCAGGUACUGGGCGCACCCACCCGGGGGUGGAACGGAGAGGUGCGAUGCCAGCAGACUCUGCACCAGGCUGGAAUCCGCCAGGAGGAAGGCCCAAAGAACUGGUGUGCUUUUACUGUCAGCAGACAGGGCAUAAAGCAUCUGUGUGUCCAGCGCGCAAAGCUAAACUGUCGGGGUACUGCUAUGUCCCAAGAGAAGGGGAUGUCAAGCUGCGCAGGGGCCGUGAGAGUCUCUCAGCAUGUCAUGUGACUGUGAAUGGAUGCUGCCUACAGGCUUUAUUGGACACGGGGAGUGCAUUAUCAAUGGUCCAAUCAGGUUUUGGGUCAAAUGUAGACUAUGUGAAUACAGUUGGGGUGCAGUGUGUUUACGGGGAUGUGAAGCGGUAUCCGCAGGCCGAAGUACUAUUAGAAGUACAAGGGCAGACAUACCUGCUAAUGGUGGCUGUAGUGGCUAGUCUACCGACAGACAUGAUUUUGGGCCGUGAUUUGCCAGUGUUGUGUGACUUAUUACAAAGCACAGAGAGGAGCACGGGAAAUGUUGACUCUGUGUUACCAGGUCAUCUGUCAUGUCCGGCCUUUACGCGGGCACAAGCCAGGGCAGGACUCCAACCUCUACCAGACAUGGAUGAAAGUCUGUUGCAGGGUGGAGACAGAGGCCCAAAAAAAUCGCGCAGACUGAAACGUCUGGAGAAGUACCUGGGCACACCAACCUCGGAGGUUGCUGCAGAGCACCCGGAGGGUAUUGGUUGGCAAGAACCAGAAAAUAUAGCGGAGCUACAGAAAGGGGAUGUGACGUUAAAAGCUAUGUUUGAAAAAGCGAUGUCUGAUCAACCCUCUAACCUGUGUGAAGAAAAAUGUGUGGUUAAGAAUGACAUUUUGUAUGUACAAGCUGGGGAUAAAUCUCGCCUUGUUGUCCCGGCUAGCUGCCGCCCACUCGUCUUACACCUAGCACACUCUGUCCCGUGGGCUGGUCACCUGGGCCAACAGAAAACAUUUGCACGUGUUAGCUCUCGGUUUCAUUGGCCAACAUUCCGCUCCUGGCUCCUGGCUCCUUUGUGUGCAGGUGCAGCUCCUAGCGGUCGGGUCCCGACCACAUCUGCGUCAGGUCCUGGUGGCCCGGAUCCAGCUACGUCUGUCCCAGCUCCUGGUGGUCCGGCACCGACCACACCCGCAGUGAUUCCUGGUGGCCCAGCCCCGGCCACACCUACCUCAGUUCCUGAUGGUCCAGCACCAACGGUGUCCGCCUAG